AUGUUCCGUAAGACUGUUAUCAUACGCAAUCUCUUGGGAACCAGGAGAGACACAGCUUCACUAUUCCACUCCUCUACAAGGACUUGGAACAAUCAAAAAGUUGUCAAGUCGUAUUUCGACCUUCUACCCCGGACUUUUCCACAUGGAGCUCCUCCAAAUGGAUCAUUUUUCGUCGAUACAAAGUCGUUAAGACGAGAGUUCAGGACUCUUCAGAGCGAGAACCACCCUGAUAUCAUCUUGGGAUCAUCUGUUUUGAACGAAAACAAAAAUGUGUCGGAUAGUGAUGGCACCGAACGGGCCGAUGAUAAGUUUUCAGCUCUUUUAAACCGGGCUUACUCCACAUUGAAGAACCCGUACUCCCGCAUUGCUCACAUCGUGGAAUUGAACCACCCCGAGCACCCAGAUAUCACGAGAGACGAAGUAGCAAAAGACCUUAUCGCACAGUUCCAAACGGCGCUGCCAGAAUCUUCAUUGGAAUACAAGGAGAUGCUAAUGAAUGUGCUUGAAGCACACGAGCAAUUGGAAAUGGCCACUCUGGAAACAGAUUUGGAUACCCUUUCUCAAGAAAACGACGAAAGAAUUCAUGCCAGUGAAGAGACAAUCAACAAUCUACUCAAGCAUGAGCCAUUGAAUUGGAACCUGGUGAUGAUGGAGGCUAUCAAGCUCAAGUACUGGGUCAACAUUCAGCAAGCAAUCAGAGACUGGGAGCCAGGAAAGCCUGUACACCUCACUCAUUAG